CCAAGCAACAGCUGCUUUGAUCAUGUCCUCCCCAGCUUCUUGUCCUUUCUUGACCUCGUCUGCCGCGUGAGAAAUGCUUCUUUCCGCUCCUCCUAUAUACAUACCAUGGCCAUUCGUCCGCCAGCCUGCCUCGUGAGAAGCCAGAGCCUUCCUCCCAAACAGACUUGAUAUCAUUUCCCCCCCUUUGGAAAGGAAACCACCUCACACAACACCACGAGAGAGUCUCGAUAACCACUUUCACCAUGCCCGCCUAUCCGAACUCCCCUCCAACCGCAUACUUUCCACCCUACAGCACCUCGCCAAAGAAGCCGUCACAGCCCAUGUCCCAGAUCUACCAUCAACAAGCAUACAGUCCUCUCCAACCCUCCUCGAACCGCUCCUCGUACCACCACCCGUCCCCCCAGAGUCCGCAUACACUCCCAAGCCUCACCUCGUCCUCAUUCAGUCAUCAUGACAGCGUCGUAUCCUAUCCAAAGUCACUCAUGGACUCGUACGCCCCAAGUACCCGCUCAAUCGUCUCCUACUCGCUGAAGCACGAUACUCGCAAGGGCUCUCUGGCAACCGCAAACGCCUCCGAGCUCGAGAAAGCCUCCAGCGUCGACGAGCCUACCUAUCCACCAUCUGCUCUAUCUCGCGAUCCGGAGAAGAAGCGUGUACACUCACCCUCAUCUCCUCGCCACUCCACUGUCCGCGCCUCAUAUCAACAUCAUGCCAGCGAUCGGGGACUCGCAGGCACAGAAGACGAUGCUGAUCUGCCCGUGGAUCUUCAGGCUAAGGCCUUUUCCAUCCUCCUCUACCUCUCCACCCUCAACCCGCUCCUCUCCAUCCUCAUCACCAUCUGGACCAUCCUCGCCCUCCUCCUCAGCCCCGUCCUCAUCCCGCUACGCAUCGCCUCCUUCGAAACCCUCACCUACCCGCCUCUCCGCCUGCAGCUCCAACUCAUCUACUCCUCGCAUACCACCACCACCAACAACAAAAACGACAUCCACACCCGCCCUGCAAUGCUCAUCCUCAUUAACCUCCUCUCCCCCCUCCUCGCAUUCGCCCUCGCAGCCGCAUCCUGGACAACAACCCUCUUCUGGUUCUUCAGCGCCGUCCUGGGUGAUCCAGCCGGUAAGGACGGGCAUAACGACGGCAAGGCCGCUGUGCUCUGGCUGCGUGCCAAGUGGGAGCGGUGGCUGAGGCGGGGCUUGGUCGAGCGGCGGAGUCCGUAUCAGCAUGUUUGACAUGGAUUUUUGGUCUUCGGGUGGGGAGUCAAGAAGUAUGCGUGAGCGAGCGAGCGAUGCAUUUGAAUACUGGGUUUUUUUACAUGGGCAAUUUUGGAUGUAGCAUGGCGUCUGGUUGAUAUCACGGCUACGGCUGUGUGUGCAUUUUUCUCGGUGUUUUUUUUUGGUAUGGGGAAUCUUUGCUGUAACGAAGUCUGUUAUGGAUGCAUGUGUAUAUGUGUGUGUGAAUAGACAAAGGGGGCAGGCAUCUGGAGUGGAAACAUCAUGGUCAUUUCGUCACGCAUGAAUGGGAUGGACAUGUGACGCAUGUUCUGUAAUACUAAAGAAAUAAUGGGGGACCGGCAAUGAGGUAUAUCAUGCAAGGCUUGAAACGAAUAUGGAAAUACGUAUUA